GUAUAGCAACGUUUCCAAGAAAAAAGCCGGCUCAUUACUCCUCUCUCUCUCUCUCUCUUAAAACAACUUUUUCAUUUUCAUUUUUAUUUUUAAGUUUUUGGGAUUUUGAAUUAUCUCUCUUUUCUUUUAACACACACACACACACAUACAUACUCUCUCUCUACCCCUUUUCUCCUCUGUGCACCUUGUGUUUGUUUGUAGGAUUCCCACCUAUUUUCCCAAACACAAAGCACUAAAAGAGAAAGAGAAAGAAGAAAGAAGCAAAGAAAGAAGAGGAAAGAGCGACAUAGACAUAAAACGUUUUAGAUAGAGAAAAAAGACAAAAAAAAGCAACUUCUAGAGAGAGAAACCGCCGGAGAUGCUCACGGUUUUGUAUUUUCCGGCGAGGUUUCUUCUUUCGGUCAGAGGGAUUUAAGGGAAAGAAAAAAAAAAAAAGGAAAGGAAAAGGAAUACAUAGUAAUAGUUGAGAGAAAAGAAAAGAAAAGAAAAGGAAAACAAACGGACAAACCGGAGGGAAAAAAUAGCUACGGGUAAAAUGCAGCAGUGACGUGGGUUUUUUGGAGGGUGAGAGAGAGAGAGAGAGAGAGUUUAUGAGCCGAAAAUGCGAGAAGCACUACACUGUGAUGACCCCAGCGACGUUGUUUCAACAACCAAGAAGAAGAAGUCAGACGAAGAUAAGCUAGACAAAGAGGUACCCAAAUCGCCGGCGCCUCCGGUUUUAGUCGUUGGCCGGAGCCGAUCCCAAGCCGGCACUCGAAGAGUCACGCCGACCACCACAGCCACCGCAGCAGCUGCAGAAGCCGCCGCCGCCGCCGCUGCUGGAGCCAUCGUCAUCGCUCCGUCGACGGUGGAGAAGCUCCUACCCAACGGAGAUCUUUACAUCGGGAGCUUCUCGGGGACCGUUCCGCACGGAUCGGGGAAGUACCUUUGGACCGACGGGUGCAUGUACGAAGGGGAGUGGCGCAGAGGCAAAGCCUCCGGUAAAGGAAAAUUCUCGUGGCCCUCCGGUGCCACCUACGAAGGCGAAUUCAAAUCGGGUCGGAUGGAAGGCUUCGGGACCUUCAUCGGAUCCGACGGCGACACGUACCGCGGGUCGUGGAGCUCGGAUCGGAAACACGGGUACGGACAGAAACGCUACGCCAACGGGGAUUUCUACGAAGGCUCGUGGAAGAGGAACCUCCAGGACGGUCAGGGUCGGUACGUGUGGAAGAACGGGAACGAGUACAAUGGCGAGUGGAAGAAUGGGGUUAUCUCCGGCAGAGGGGUCCUUAUCUGGGCUAACGGGAACCGUUACGACGGACAAUGGGAAAACGGUGUUCCUGUUGGGAACGGGGUUUUCGCUUGGCCCGAUGGGAGCUGCUAUGUGGGUAACUGGAACGAAGAUAUGAAAAUACAGCAACUGAAUGGUACUUUCUAUCCGGGUAGUGGUAAAGAGCUUAGCUUAAAAGCCAACGGUCCGUUUAUGGGUGAGAAUUUCACCAUCACAAUGAGGAAAAGGUCGUCGGUGGACGGAGCCAGAGGGAGCUUGGCCGAUAGGAAUUUCCCGAGGAUUUGUAUCUGGGAGUCCGAUGGAGAAGCUGGAGACAUUACGUGCGAUAUAAUCGAUAAUGUGGAGGCUUCGAUGUUUUACAGGGAUGGAACCGGGUUGGAUCAAGAUGGGUUCACACAGUUUAGGCGAAGUCCGUGUUGUUUCAACGGCGAGGCCAAGAAACCUGGACAGACCAUAUCAAAAGGGCAUAAGAACUACGAUUUGAUGCUUAAUCUUCAACUGGGUAUUAGGUAUUCUGUUGGAAAGCAUGCUUCGAUAGUGCGAGACCUUAAGCCGAGUGAUUUUGAUCCGAAGGAGAAGUUCUGGACGAGGUUUCCACCUGAAGGCUCAAAUAAAACACCACCCCAUCAAUCGAUCGAGUUCAGAUGGAAAGACUACUGUCCCAUGGUGUUUAGGCAUUUGAGGGAAUUAUUCCAAGUAGAUCCCGCUGAUUACAUGCUAGCUAUUUGUGGAAACGAUGCUCUUAGGGAGCUCUCUUCUCCAGGCAAGAGUGGUAGCUACUUUUACCUGACGCAGGAUGAUAGAUUUAUCAUAAAGACGGUGAAGAAAUCAGAAGUCAAGGUGCUUAUAAGGAUGCUUUCGAGUUAUCAUCAACAUGUUUGUCGUUAUGAAAAUUCCCUUGUCACAAAAUUCUAUGGCGUGCAUUGUGUCAAACCUAUUGGUGGACAGAAGACACGGUUCAUUGUCAUGGGCAAUUUGUUCUGCUCUGAGUAUAGGAUCCAUAGGCGAUUUGACCUUAAGGGGUCCUCCCAUGGCCGAACAACUGAUAAACCUGAAGGUGAAAUUGAUGAAACCACCACUCUCAAGGAUCUGGAUCUCAAUUUUGUGUUUCGCCUUCAACGUAAUUGGUUUGAAGAACUUAUGAAACAAAUUGAUCGAGAUUGUGAGUUCUUGGAAGCGGAAAGAAUAAUGGAUUAUAGUCUUUUGGUUGGUCUUCAUUUUCGCGAUGACAACACAUAUGACAAAAUGGGGCUGUCACCAUUUCUUUUGCGCAAUGGCAAGAAGGAUUCUUAUCAGAAUGAGAAAUUUAUGCGUGGCUGUCGCUUUCUUGAAGCAGAGUUACAAGACAUGGAUCGGAUAUUAGCUGGCCGGAAGCCAUUAAUCCGUUUGGGAGCAAAUAUGCCUGCCCGAGCAGAGCGGAUGGGUAGAAGGAGCGACUUUGAUCAGUACACCUCGGGUGGGGUUAGCCAUUUGACCCCUUCACGCAGUGGUGAAGUCUAUGAAGUGGUCCUUUAUUUUGGAAUAAUUGACAUCUUACAAGACUAUGAUAUCAGCAAGAAGUUGGAGCAUGCCUAUAAGUCUUUGCAAGCUGAUCCUAGUUCAAUCUCAGCAGUUGAUCCUAAGCUUUACUCGAGGAGAUUCCGGGAUUUCAUAGGGAGAAUUUUUGUUGAAGACUAGGCAGCAAACGCGGUGAAAAAUUGAACGUCAAGAUUGGUACAUUGGUACUGUUGGAACAAGGUACUCUGGCAGUCUAUGUCAAGUGUCAACCCCUUUUGGAAGUGGGUUGGAUCCAAAUCAAACAGCUCCGGGUGGCCAAUGGAGCAAAAACCUUGGUGGGCUAGAGAUCAGGCCACUGAACUGUGUGGCGGGCGGGUGAUUAGAGGAAUUCCGGUUGGAGGAGGUUUAUGGGGUUUGGGGGUUAUUUAUGGCUGAAUUUUGAAGUACAGCCAAGGUAUUGUGUUGGAAGGGCAGAUUCUUGUACAUUUAGCGGGGGGUGGAAAUUUGGAUUCUGAUUUUUUUUUCUUUUUUCCUUUUUUUUGGGUUCUUUUGGGUGAAAUUUUUGUGGUAAUCUCAAGGGAUGUGAAGAUUUGAAAAUUAGGUAUAGGGAACGGAGAGAAAUGUUUCCCAGAGAAAGAUUCAAAAAAAAAAAAAAAGGGAAAGGAGACUCGGAAUAAGAAAAGUGUACAGGCUUAUAGAAAAGAAUGGAUAGUUUAUGAAAUUUCAUCAUAUAUUUUUUUCUUCUUUUGAAAAAUGCUGGAAAAUCUCCUACUCCGAGAGGGAAGAGGAGGGUCCCAUGGGAAUCUCUCUUUCUCUCUCACUCUUUGGCUUGUGUUGUCUAAAAAUGGGAUUAUAAAAUGUGGGUAUAGAAAUGGGGUCAUUGGUCUGCUUUUGCAGUGAAAGUGAAGGCCUUGGAUAGGAAGAGUUGAGGGAAGAACAUGAAAAGGAGAGAAAGCAAGAGAAAGAUGCGCUGGCGUUUCUUGUUUUUGCCCACUUUGUUUGCUCCCUUUAAUAUUAUUAUUAUUAUUAUUAUUAUUA